AUGGCACUGCGACUUGCCUCAACACUGCAAGCACACGCACAAACGAAGACCGGUCCGAGCACCUCACUACCACCUCUGUCUGUUCUACCGACGCGUGUCUUGCUCAGAUCACUGCUAGUCUCAACAAUAUCGUCGAAGAGAUUCCUCCUCAUUCCCGCCCUUUCGCUGAUGACCUUCCUCUCCAAGCCUAACAGGAUCUGGCUAUUUGACGUGGACAGAAAUCCGAUUCUGCAUGGAAUAUUAAAGAAAACCUUCUACAAUCAAUUCUGUGCUGGAGAGAAUGGGGCAGAAUGCAGAUCUACCAUUCGGGAAAUGAAAGACAUGGGCUUCCGCGGUAUGAUUUUGACAUACGCUGCUGAGACUGUGUUUGAUCAUAGUACCCAGGCUCAGCAGGGACAGGGUGUUGCUGCUUUGAAAGGCGAGCAGGGGGAUGUGUCCGUCAAUGCUGCGGUUUACCAAUGCCCCAGCAUUGAAGCUUGGCGGAAAGGGACAGUUGAGACAAUCUACAUGACGGAAGCAGAAGAUUACCUCGCAGUCAAACUGACAGGUGCUGGCGUCAAAGUCACCGACGCUUUCGCCGCUGGAGAGUUGCCUCCGCAGCAAAUGAUGGAUGCACUGUAUGAGGUGUGCACAAAGGCCAAAGACCGAAAGGUUCGCAUCCUCGUUGACGCUGAGUCCCAGCAUUUCCAAAGGGGCAUUUCACGGGUUGCUGUGGAACUUAUGAGGAAAUACAACCGCGACGGUUACGCCACCAUCUACAAUACCUAUCAGGCCUACCUUAAAAGCACGCCAGAGACACUGGUCAGCCAUCUCGCUGUGGCAAAGGAAGAUGGAUUCACUCUUGGCCUUAAGCUCGUGAGAGGAGCAUACAUGGCCACGGAUGAACGGUCCCUGAUCCAUGACACGAAGGAAGACACCGACAGGGCAUACAAUAUGAUUACACAGGGGGCAUUGAGAAAGAAUAUUGGAGAAUUUGGAGACAAGGGCAGCCGCAACUUCCCCUCGGUGAAUCUGUUCCUGGCAAGUCAUAACAAAGAGAGCGUGGUGGCUGCGCACAAGCUUCAUAAACAUCGUGUCAUGUCUGGCUUGCCUACCGUGCCCGUGCGUUUUGCCCAGCUUCAUGGUAUGUCUGAUGAGGUCAGCUUUUCGCUGCUUCAGAUGAAUGAUGGUGAUGGAACACCGGAAGUUUAUAAAUGCUCCACUUGGGGAGGGAUGGGUGAAUGUCUGGCUUAUCUUCUUCGUCGGGCAAUCGAGAAUCGGGAUGCUGUUCUGCGAACGGAUAGCGAGUAUCGGGCGUUGAAGAAGGAGGUUUCCCGCAGAGUGAAGUCGGUGUUUUCUCUUCCGCCGUCUUCAUAG